GAUGAACAACCACUCUAUAUUUUGGUAUAUUUACAUUCUUUUUGUAGGUGGGGAAGGCAACCAUACCACAGUGCUUUUUGUGAGAGACCAAUCAACAACAAUAGUAAUUGAAACAAUUUAGAAAAAAAGGUCAAAUAAGCAAAGUCCACAUGUAGGCAUCAACAAAUGCAUCACAUUCUUCACUAGAACAACAAAAUAAAAAGGGUCUUAAUGUGUUGUUAUAUAUCACCACAAAAAUUAAAGUGACAAAAUUAGCUUCCUCAUCCAAAAUAAAUAAUAAUAAUAAAAAAACUUCACCAUUGUUCAUUCAUGGCAGAUCAUCAGAGACAGAGGAUCCACCCUGUGGUGGUGGAAGCUCCACCGCCACCUACCACUCCAUUGGUACCUCCAGGUUCCUCGAGAUCAGAAAAGGGCAGUAGUAACCCUUAUCAUCGUCCUUCUCCUCUUCUGUUGCAACAUUCACAUGCCAUGCCACCAAUUAUACCGUUACCACCAAAGAAAAGAUCAAGAAGCUGCUUCUGCAGGUGCUUAUGUUGGACAUUAUUCUUGAUUUUCCUCUUGUUCAUUCUCAUUGCUGCAAUCGCCACAACCAUCUACUUUGUCUUCAAACCAAAGCUUCCAGAUUACUCAGUUGACACCUUAAGGAUCAAUGAUCUUAGGCUCAACUUCGACAUGAGUUUGUAUGCCAAGUUCGAAGUGAGGAUCACAGCAACAAAUCCAAACAAGAAGAUUGGUAUAUACUAUGAAAAGGAUGGGAGAAUGAGUGUAUGGUAUACAAACACUGAACUCUGCCAAGGCUCGCUGCCGGAAUUCUACCAAGGACAUCAAAACAGGACAGUUCUGAAUUUGUCCUUGAGUGGUCAGGUGCAGGCCGGGAGCACAAUUAUGGCAGCGAUACAGCAGCAACAGCAGACAGGAAGGAUUCCAUUGGAUCUUAAGGUGAAGGCGCCGGUAGCAAUCAAGCUCGGGAUGCUGAAGCUGAGGAAGGUGAAGGUCUUGGGGGAAUGCCAGUUGCUGGUGGAUAGCUUGUCAUCUAAUAAUCUCAUAAGCAUCAAGGCUAGCAACUGUAAAUUUAGGAUGAAACCUUAGAUUUGAGCGUGUACAUGAGAGGGCUAGAUAUUAUGUUUGCCUUAUAUAAUGUGAUUUCAUUAUUUUCAAUAUGGGGUUUGAAUAUUUAUUGAUUUUUCACUAAGAUACAGCUAUAGCCAGUAUCUUACCGUUUUUCCCCCUCCCAGUAACGAUAGACAUACAGAUUUGAGAUUUCAUGAUACCUGCUUUUAAUGCCUAUAAUCAAAUUGAACCAAUUUUUAUUGCAUUAUCAGUAUGGUUUCAUAAAAACUUGUAUACAGAAGAAACAAUUCCAGUGAUUAUUCAAUCUGAAUCUCUUGAGGAGCUGCUUCAGUUGUUGAGCCUUCUGCACCAGUUUCUUCUUCACUAAUACCAGCAGCUUCCACAGUCCUCGUAAUCCAUUCCUUCAGUGGCUCCUCAUUCAAA